AUGGCCUUUACCGCGCCAACCGAAAUGACUUUGCCGGACGGACGCUCCGUCCUCGUUUGCGCGCCCCAUCAGCGGGUCGUCUGCGGGACGUGCUAUGUCGACUUCAGCUUCCACCUUGACAACAACGACAAUGACGACGAUGAUGGCGCAUGCGACUUGUCGUACGGAGACGGCACGGUCAGCUUCCACGCCGCCGCCCCGGACCCUCGUGGCGCCGCCCUAGCCCAGGUUGCCGAGAGCCGGUAUGGUCGACGACCGUCGCCCGGCGAAACCGAGCCGGACCCCGCGACAGACGCGGACGGUGGCCACGUCGCGAGGAGGCUCGACUCUCGCCGCGACGAGCCUGCGCCCUGGAGCAGGGUCUCUUCCCGGACGGAGACGUCCGGGAACUUCUUCCCUCUCCGCUUCUACCGGCCCGAGUUAGCGACGGAGAGGCCGCUCGAUCUUUUCCCGCCGGGCUCGCGCCGCUUCGUGAACCGCCUGGACCGGUACGAGAUGCUAGCCUUUAUCGACGGUGCCUGCUCACCUAGCGGCGCCGCGGACGCUGUAGGCGGCUGUGGUUUCGUCUUCGGGUCGCGCGAGGGGUACUCGGUCGGCUUCAGGCUCGAAGACCGCGGCGUGGAUGGGGAGCUCUACCCGGCGACCGCCGACCGCGCCGAGCUGCGUGCGGCCCUGGCCGUGCUGAAAUUCCGCUCGUGGCACGGUGAGGGCUUUGAAAGUCUCGUCAUCGCCACCGACUCCGCGUACGUUGCUGGCGGUGCGACCGACUGGAUCCGUGGGUGGAUGGAGAAGGGCUGGCGGUCGAGCAACGGCAAGCCCACGAAGAACCGGGAUCUGUGGCAAGCGCUCGUCCUGGAGAUCGAGAAGCUCCACGAGGAGGGGUUCCGGGUAAGCUUCUGGAAGAUCCCGCGCGAGUGGAACGCGGAGGCCGACGUGGUCGCAAGGCGAGCAGUAACCUAUAAACGCCGGGGUCGAUAUGCGGAUGUGCGUGGCGUGAUGGCAGACUGA